AUGGCUGCGUUGAAUACUCCCUCGAGCAUCGCGAUGGCCCUUGCUGGCAAGACGGCCUCUGUCGAUAUCCCGAAACCGCGUUCGGCCUUCGCUUCUUCCGGCCGCGACGCCUCUCGCGCCCAACCGGCCUUGUUGCCCACCCCUCCCAACUCCAUCUCACCAAAUCUCCCUCCGCAGGCGUUCCAGCGUCGAGAUCUGAAACUUCCGACCUCCCCUCCUCUCGCGACCUCCCACGUGGAAUCCGACAUCGACCUCGCCGAGGAUGCGAACGGUCAUGCCGGACAUCUCACCGCGCACGAUCUGGACAGCACUGGCGCCAUCACUCCCCGGAUGCUGGCCCAGCACCACCUCCCCGAGAUCAUGCUCCAGCACGGCCCCCUCGCGAUUCGCCAUGUGAUGGGCUAUCUGACCACCUCUGUCCCGGGUUUCGCCCGAAUCCCGCCCGCGAAAGCGCGCAGGCUGGUCGUCGCCGCCCUCGAGGGCCGCGGGAAUGACGAAACAGGAGGUGGCGGUCAAGGCGAUGUGGUUUUCGAGAAAGUCGGCUGGGGGCGCUGGGAUGCGCGACGGCGCGGCGAACCACCACGGGAUGCGCAACACCUGAACCUAUCGCCACCGUCCAGUCUUUCCAACUCCUACCUUCAUCGGGGCAUCCAAAUCCCCGCCAAGCGAAGCGGCCAGGCGCCGUACGGGUCUAGCAUCACCGGUGAUUCGGCCGUGUUCUCAUACUCCGAGAUGGACUAUGGAGACCACGGGGAUACCAGCAUGCUGGAGCACGAAGCGGACAAGAUGUCCCUGGAUGGCGACGAACGCGAAUACUGCUCGUCGUCAGAGGCUCCAGACGACGAGAUGAUCCAGGAUGAGGACUGGGGUGAGGAGGAUGUCACGGACGAAGAGGACUGGGCGCAUAUAGGUGCCGCGGCACUACGAGCGCGGUCACUGAAUGCAACCGGUGGCUUCGUGAGUGGAGGCCAUCUCUCACAACUACGAGGCGGCGGGCCCGCCUCGUCUUCGCUAGCAAAGUCAGCCCCGCGCAAGAUCCCUAUUCAACAACUCGGCUUCGCCGUCCCCGAUGGGGUGGUCGACGACAAAGAAGAACGCGCGGCGGUCGAAGCGCUCUUACGACUUGGUUCUAUGUAA